CACCCAGGCCCCUGAGCUGGAGGGAUGGAGAACUCCUCGGCAGCAUCAGCCUCCUCCGAGGCGGGGAGCAGCCGCUCCCAGGAGAUUGAGGAGCUAGAGCGCUUCAUCGACAGCUACGUGCUUGAGUACCAGGUGCAGGGGCUGCUGGCUGACAAGACGGAGGGCGAUGGAGAGAGUGAGAAGACACAGUCCCACAUCUCCCAGGAGGAAGCACUCAAUGGUGGACCACCCAUGAAAGGCUUUACAGAAGAAUGGACAGCGGACUGCGGUGAGCAGCUGGACAGCAGCUGUUCCUUCUCCCGAGGGCGAGCCCCCCUACAGCAGAACGGCAGCAAGGACAACUCGCUGGACAUGCUGGGCACGGAUAUCUGGGCCGCCAACGCCUUUGAUUCCUUCAGUGGUGCCACCUGGGACCUGCAGCCCGAAAAGCUGGACUUCACCCAGUUCCACAGGAAGCUGCGACACACGCCCAAGCAGCCCCUGCCACACAUCGACCGUGAAGGGUGUGGAAAAGGGAAGCUGGAAGAUGGGGAUGGGAUCAACCUGAAUGACAUCGAGAAGGUCCUCCCGGCCUGGCAGGGCUACCACCCAAUGCCCCAUGAAGUGGAGAUCGCGCACACCAAGAAGUUGUUCCGGAGGAGGAGAAACGAUCGAAGACGGCAGCAGAGACCUCCAGGAGGAAACAAGCCCCAACAGCAUGGUGACCACCAGCCGGGCAGUGCCAAACACAACAGGGACCACCAGAAAUCCUACCAGGGGGGCUCAGCGCCCCACUCCUCAGGGAGGCCCACCCAUCACGGCUACAGCCAGAACCGGCGCUGGCACCACAGCAAUAUGAAGCACCCACCUGGCGACAAGGGGGAGUCAGGCGCCCACCGCAAUGCCAAAGAAACGGUGGCCAUGGAGAGCCCCAAACUCGAGGAUGCCCUGGGGGACACCGGGCACAGCGGCCUCGAGCCCCCCCACAGCCCUGAUGCCCUGGCCCUAGUGGCUUCUGAGAGGCUGCCCCCACAGCAGCCAGGGGGUCCAGAGGCCGAGGCAAGACGUAAAGACAGUAUUAUUCCCGAGCGCAUGGGGGAGCGGCCCAAAAUUACCCUGCUCCAGUCUUCCAAAGACAGGCUGCGGCGAAGGCUGAAAGAAAAGGUACCGGAUGAAGUGGCGGUGGAGACCACUAACCCUCAGCAGAACAAGAUGGACAAGCUUAUUGAGAUCCUGAACAGCAUGCGGAACAACAGCAGCGACGUGGAUGCCAAGCUCACCACCUUCAUGGAGGAGGCCCAGAACUCGACCAACUCCGAGGAGAUGCUGGGGGAGAUCGUCCGGACCAUCUACCAGAAGGCCGUGUCCGACCGCAGCUUCGCCUUCACCGCAGCCAAGCUCUGCGACAAGAUGGCGCUCUUCAUGGUGGAGGGGACCAAGUUCCGGAGCCUGCUCCUCAACAUGCUUCAGAAGGACUUCACGGUGCGGGAGGAGCUGCAGCAGCAGGACGUGGAGCGCUGGCUGGGCUUCAUCACCUUCCUGUGCGAGGUGUUCGGCACCAUGCGCAGCAGCACGGGCGAGCCCUUCCGCGUGCUCGUCUGCCCCAUCUACACCUGCCUCAGGGAGCUCCUGCAAUCUCAGGAUGUGAAGGAAGACGCCGUCCUGUGCUGCUCGAUGGAGCUGCAGAGCACAGGCCGGCUGCUGGAGGAGCAGCUGCCCGAGAUGAUGACCGAGCUCCUGGCCAGCGCCCGUGACAAGAUGCUAUGCCCCUCGGAGUCGAUGCUGACCCGGUCACUACUCCUAGAGGUCAUCGAGCUCCAUGCCAACAGCUGGAACCCUCUGACGCCCCCCAUCACGCAGUACUACAACAGAACCAUCCAGAAACUGACAGCCUGACAGCCAGGGGGCCUGGCGGGCGGCCCGCGGGCAGCUGGGGCCCUGGUGCACAGGGCCAGAUGGACAGGCGGGAGGACAGGGGUGGCCCUGGCGGGAGAAAGAAAUGGGGAGGAAGGCAGGCAGAGCCGGCGGCCAGUCUGGAGCCAGACGGGGAAGGGAUCAAAUCCCUAGGAGGCGCGCCCCCCCCAGCCGAGCCCCCCCAGCCCCGAGCAUGCGGCAGCUCACACCAAUAAGGGAAGCAUGUGUCUUUUUCCUGGUGGCCCCGGCCCUCACCCCUCCUUACUCCCUCUCCUCCCCACCCCCUCCCAUCAAACGCGUCCCCCGCAGGGCUUUGUGUAAGGGUUUCAUCUCCAUGACUCCUCCGAGGCCUCGGCAGCCCUGCGCGCCGGGAUACCGCUUGGGUCAGAAAGGACCUCAGAAGGCUGAAAAAGUGGGUCGGAGACGGGCUUGCAUUGUUCUCGCAUGCUGUCAGCCGCAGUCGCCAACUGGCAGCAGGGGACGUGUAGCAGAUGUCCAGGAGGACAAAGGCAGGCACGGUCCCCACCAGCCGCCCGUAAUUGACGGCCUUUGUCCGCCACGGUCGAGCUGGGGGACAGGGGCUGUCUCCUCUAACCUUCACACUCCACCCUCCUUACGUCCAGUUCCUCCUCGCUCAGCCCCCACGCUCAGGCCUCGGGGGUCGGGAGCAGAGAGGGGAGCUGGAGUUUGCAGUUCUACUGGCCCUCUUUUGUUUUGUUUUAUUUUUCCGAAGUCAGCUGCUUUGAAGUCUCCUCUCUCGGUGAAAAGAGCCCGCAGUGUGAUCACAGUCAGCCCCACGAGGACCCCCUGAUUAGUGGGAGAUCAAAUCCAGCCCCCUCUGGAAGGAUUCUAGCCACAGACAGCUUGCCAGUAGCCAAUUAGAGUAAUUGGAAACUUGUGCCCCGGCAGGGGUCCCCACUGGAACCCCUGCUCCUCACCCCCUGGCUUCUUGGACCUCUGUUCUCUCUUCUUCUAACUAUGCUCUCAAAGGGCUGAUACCGUCGCCGCUGGGAGUGCACUAAACCCUGUCCUGGCCCAGCGCCUUCUGGUGAACUGGGCACAGAACAGGGCUGGCAAAUUA